AUGCCUCCCCAGCUGAGAGCGAAAUAUCUGGAGGAGAAAAGUUUCAACAGACUGAAGAGCGAAAGGAAAGAUCAUGAACCGGUGAGUAAGAUGACGAUGAUGUGGUUUUAAUUAAAACUUCACCUGCCACCAGGGGGCAGUAUGUUCAUUAAUAUGGUUUCAAACGGGAGGAAUAAAGAAAUCACUUGGAUGUUAACCCAUCAGUCAUUUAUAGUCAAGGCUGUUAGUUAAACUUUAAUUUUUGAUUCAUCCACUAAGAUCCAGUUUGAACAUUUUAAUUUAGAUUAUCUGGUUAUCGGGAAGCUUCUUAACGAGCUGUGUGGAAUAAUUUACAUUUUUAAAUUAAUAAUGCUGCAACGAUAAGUCUGAUGUGGAAACAAAAUUUUUAUAAUUUUCUCACAAAUAUGUUCAAACAUUUUUCAAUUGGUGCUAUUAACAGUUUUUAAAAAGGAUUUACUCUGUAGAACUUAGUGAACCCAGCAGACCAGGUUCUGGAGUCUGAUGGUGAUAAAGAGGAUUUCAACAGUUCAGGGAUUCACAGUCUAUGAUUUACAAAAAGAAAACCAGAUUUUGAUCCAGGAUGUUGUUCAUCCCUGCAAACCAACAGAAUGAGUGUAAACAGAACUGUCAUCUUGAUAAUAUAGCAGGACAUAAAAAGUGGUCUCCUAUGGUCAACUUACCCCGUGUACCCCCCACUCUCCCCCCCAGCCCUCCCUCACCAACUCUCCCCCUAAAUAACAGUCACUUCUUCACAUUCAUGCGUAUUUUUAUCUAUUAUACUCUAUUCAACAGGUACAAUAAAUCUUUUUAUUAUUAUUAUUACAUAUAACUGCUAAAACAUUUGAAGAUGAGAAUGUCUUUAAGUGAUUGAGAACAUUCACAGAUCUGUAUUUCUGAAAAGAACAUUUCAACAAUCUGAAGGUAAACUCUGAUCCUCUCAUCAGACUCCUUUACUGUCUCUGUUCCCCCUGAACUACUAUGAUGACUUUAUUAGUCCUCCAAGAUAAAAUGGUGGACUUUUAGGUUUUUGACUUCAUGUUGUAGCUGAUAGAGACCACAGUUGAUGAAUAAAACAAGUUUAAAAGGAUUUUUUUUGGUCUGAACACAAUUCUAAUCAAACUGAUGACUAAAGACUAAAUUCACUUCACAGAGUGAAAAAUGAUUUUUUUUUAGUAAAUAAAUGUCUAACCCCUUCACCCAUGUGCUUCGAACCUUCACAGACUCCAUGAAUUGAUGUCCAUCUUCUAAAUAUUUGGUCACAUGAUCAAUUUCUUUGACCAUUUCCAAGCAACGGGGGGUGGCUCAACUUAACCCGAUCGAUGAAACCCACUCAGGAACUUUAUCCUGAAACUGUUGAGCAAUUACUUCUUCCACCUUUUCUUCUCAGAGACUCAGCCUCUCUGAAUGUCCGUCUCAGACCCAGUCAUGUGACUAACCUGUGUGAUUGGUGAUAAUAAGACUCAGAUUUAUGGUAAAUAUGAAGUUUAUAAUAUAUCGCUUGUUUCCUGAGUUUAAAUUAAAGAGGUUUUUGAAGUGUUAAUCUUCAGCAGGUUUUAAAAACUGAUCCUGUUGGUUGUUGUUGUUGUUGUGAAGAGACACUAACUGGUUAUUAAAUGAUCUGGAGCUGGUUUUAUGAGUCAUACUUUGCCUCUAAAAAAGCACCUUUUCCCCCUGAACCCAACACGGUCUCACUCUUUAUUAACCCUAGAAGACUAUUUUCCCCCGACCAAACAUGUUUAGGUGAUCUUCCUGAUGUUGUGUUUGUCUGAGUAUCACGGGUCUCUGGGUAUUUUCAGCAUUUCCUUUGACAUCUUUGAAGACAUAUUUGUUUCCCUGAUUUUCCAAAACCUGCUUUUUCCUACAGACUCGUGUUCACAGGGUGAUUUUAGUGAUCGAGGGUAAAGUAGGUUUGGGUGGAUUUGAUAGCAGCAUGUGGGGAAUAAGGUCAGUAAGAGUGGUGCUGGAAUUUACAUGUUAUCUUUAUUUAGCGCUGUGGUUAUGAAUAACUAUCACAAAGUAGAGAUUUUUAAGGGAAUUCAUAUGGAGAUAAGAAAUAUUUGAGUCAUUUUUACUCCAAAUCUACCAUAUUCUGGUUCUAUCUCCUGUUAUUGUGCCGAGGACCCUGAGUCUGAACCAGGGAAGACUCACAUGUCCCAGGAACGGGGGGGAAGACAAACUAAGUUUACAGAUUCUUUCUUUAUUUUUUUAGGACUUUUUGUUCAUGAAUACCUACUUUCAGUUAUUUUGUUGUAUUUUUAUCUGGUCCCCUCAUGGCACUUUUUCCCCCUCCCUUUGGACAUUACACAGUUAAAAUAAAAUAAAACUACUUUAAUUUGUCAUCUAUAGUCCUAUUUUGAUUUAUUUUGAUGAAACUUUCUCUUGGGUUUAUUAUUUCAGGUAAAAAUCACCCGGUAGCGGCAGUGACGGUGUUACUGAUUUUAGUGAUAGUGUUCCAGGGACGGAUGUGAACGGAUGAGCUCUCGGACUCUCCGGGUCACGGUCCGGACCGGUUCUGAAGGUUUCAGGAUUUUAACGGUUCGUUUUUUUUCACCGCGCUUAACUUUAUCAAAUGACGUCACGCGUGGUUUUGGUCGCCCCAUAUUUAUCACGUGACCCUCCGAACCCUCAGAAAGUUUAUGUUUUCGUUGAAGAGCGUGCUCGUGAGGAGAACGCGCUCGAACGUUCGAUCCUGUAAUAAAUAAAUGCGCCGACGAGGCGCAACUUUAUCGGUCUGAUUACCGACUGUGACGUAGUCUGCCGUUGGAGACUCCGCUGCGGGUCACUAUGAAUUAAUAUUAGCACGCCGGUGGGCGGGGCUUGGGAUCGGUAUCGAUGCUGGUUAUUGAUUUAAAAUCAUUCAUGCUGUCACCGGUCAGGCUCGGUUUGGGCCUCUGCGGGUCCGAACCCGGAUUAUACCUGGUAGGCUACAGAGUCUGUUGGAGUUUGUCCAUGAACGCACCACCGAACCUGAGAGCCUGAAACGGGUUCUGAUCGAUCAGGAGUCUGGUGUUCAGGACGUUAAUGCGCCACAGACAUGAUGUAUACGUGACAGUUAUGAAACUGGAUUCUGACGAACUAAAAAUGAACUUUUAUCUAUUUUCAGCUGCACGGAAACACUCGUGAGUUACACCAACAGAUGAAAGUAAAAAUAAUAAUUUUUGGCUGAAAAUCAUUUUCAUCAUUAAUGUUUAGUUUGAUAACAGAGAUAUUAAGAAACUUUAAAAACGAUCGACCAAAGUUCGAUCAGGAGUGGAUCAAAAUGUUGAAGAAUAUAAAAUAUAAAUUAUUUCUUCAUAAAUCUGCUCAAAGUUAAAGCUUUUAUUCCGUUUUAACUGAUCUAAUUAUUGAUUUGGUCCCUGCAGGCCUCCCAGCUCAAGGCCCUGGUCUCCGCCUCCUGUAGGCCGGCCUGUAGUGUCCACUCUCGGCCGCUUGGUGGCGGUAGUGACCCGGACUGAAAAGGCGAGGUAGGACAAACUUUAUUUAUUCCUUUUCUUUUUCUUUUUUGACUUUAAAACAUACAAACAACGUAUUUUAUGGUUAAUAAUUCUACUGUUAAAAGUAAAAUGCGCCGAUUAACGAUAACAAUCGAAACACGAUUAAUCUGUUUAACAAACUAAUCGAAUUAAAAUAUAAACGAAAACUUAAACAGUAAAGCUCUUAUUCGAUUAAUCGUGAUAGUUUAUAACAGAGUGGUGGUUCGUUAGUGUUCGGUUUAGUUCGGUUAAAUUGUCCCUCCUCGGUGUUGGUCACAGACCCUCGUUUCUCGGCCCACAUGCUCCUCAUUCCUCUGAUUUUAACUUUCCUCUCUCUGCAGCUCAGGUGGGCCUUUCCUUUCAAUAACUCACACAUUUAGAACAAACUGCAGAAGGAGGAAAAACACCAACUAUUUCAACGUUUUUUUUGUUCAGAAAACGAGACUCCGUUUCUAGUUUUCACGUUUUACGCGUUUUGUUUUAAUCGUCAUUUGUUGAAUUACGCGCGUUUUGGCGCAGCGUGGAGACAGAUUUGGAGCAGAAAGAGGAGAAAUGUGAGGGUUUGUUUUUGUUUCUCCAAAACAGCGGGGUUUUUUUUCUGAGAACCCCCUCCUCACACGCACGCACACACACACACACACACACACACACACACACACACACACACACACACCCUCCCGGCUCUCCUCUCUCCAUUUUGUGAGCUCUGCUGGUUCAGCUGCUCUCCGUCCUUCUCGCUCUCCGCCACAUGAGGGAUUUUGGACUAUUUUUUAAUCGAGCUCGGUGAGUCCGAUUCACAAACGGUUAAACUCCAAAUUAAAACGCCUUUUUUUAAUUCGCUCCACCUGUUUUAUUUUUUUUUAUCUGAAUGAAUGAAAACUCGGAGUUUUCAGGAGACUCGGUCCACAGAAGGGGGUGAAGAUUUCGCUUAUUUCUCUAACCUUAAAAACCGUAGAAAGAAAAAGAGUCUGAAACAGAAAAAAAGAGUUUAUUUAGAGUUUCCUCUCUCGUUGAUAUCACACCUUAUUAUUAACUCACUCAAACAGCCUCAUUUCAGUUCUUUGUUGUUUAUUUACCGUUUUAAUUACCGUAAAAAUAACGAAUUGUAGAUUAAUUAUCAUCAUGUAAAUGCAGGUUUUGCUUGAAAAUAGUUUGUUUCGUAUUUUUUGACGCAUGUUUUUACUCAUAUUGAAGUUCAGUUUGAUACAAAUGUUCAUAAAAACACUAACUUAACCUGCUGCUUUCACCUUUUUGACAUUAUCUGUUAAAUACUUGAAUAAAAAGUCUCAAAUGAAAGAAACUCAAACUUUCCCUGAUUUAUUUUUCCUUUUUGAGUAACUCAAACUUCAAUAAUUAAACUUCCACGAGGUAGUGCAUGGACUUCUCUUUAUUUUCAAAGCAUAAAUCUACUAUCAUGGUUGGAUUAACUUGUUACAUGUGAGAUUUUUUUGGUCAAAUGUUGCAGGAAAUAAGAUUUUAACCUUACAUGAAAGUCCUCAGAUUAAUAAUCCGUCUGUCCUGAGAUUAAAGCUGAUAAAAAAGACUCAAAUAAGACAAAUGUCUCUUUAUUUACAUUCACAGAUUUAUUUACAACAAAUUUAAGUGAUUUAACAUGAAUAAAUGUCCAAUUUUGAUCAUCUGAAAUUGAUUUAAUCCUCCAAACUCAGGGAUUAUUAAUCCAGAGAAACUGUUUUAUCCUCUGCAUGAAAAAUAAAACAAACUGGAACUUUUAAAAAGAAAUAAAAGGAACAACCUGGACGUGGAAAAAUAUAAAAACACCAUUUAAUGUAAGUCCAAACGCUCUGUAGUUAAGGAGGCCUGUUUCCAUUAAUAUAUAAAAACAAACGUGAUGAUUAUUAUUGAAGCUCAAACUCUUUAAUUAAACAGAAUAAAGUUAAUUUACAUGUAAAGCAGGACUGAACUUUCCAUCCUUAUAGAAACUCUGUAAAAUAAAAUGUUAUUAUUAGACAGGUGUUUUGCAGAUGAAGCUGAAAUAAUGAUGAUUUAAUGAAAGCAGUACUUCCUCACUUUAACCUUAAAUAACCGCGUCAGUCAUAAUCUGUAUUAUUUCACUGUUAAUCUGGUUAUUCUGGGGUGUUCAGGCCCAUAAAUCUGAGUGUUUUCCUCCUCAGACCUGAAUUAUCCUCUGAAGUUCAGACUCGUCUUUCACAGAUUUUCACUUCCUUCUUCAUUUUUUGGUCUUAUAGUUAUUUUUUAAUUGUAGAAAUCUGACAAACAGGUGAAGUUUCUGCUCACAGUCCUUCACCUUCAGAGAAACUGAGUCAGUCUGCCUCCACAUCCUGUUCAUGUGACGUCAGCAGAGGAGGAAGAGAGGCCUCUAUGUGAUUCAUUCAUUCACUCUCAUGCUCUCAUUCACAGCACUGACUGUCAGGAGCCUCGACUCUCUUACAGUAAAUUUAUCAAAUGUUUCUGUCGUCUCAGAGACGUAGAGCCGCAGUUUGAAACCAAACGGACAUUUUGAAGAUCUGAAAUUCUGCAUCAGGAUCAGCAGACUCAGGUUUAGGACUCAGAGAAACGGACCAAACUGGGCCUGCGGGUCUACAUCUGUGAGAAAAACAGAACUGAUUUACCGCUGAGAGUUUGUGCUGAUCCAGAAUCAGAGCAUGACGGUUUUUAAUCAACUCUGACUCACUUUUCUGCAGCAGGAACUUUUGUUACAAAUGAAAAGUUCGAUUUCUAAUUCAUGCUAAAAGUAGUUUGACCAAAAACAUUCGAGUUCAGAGUCUUUAAUUUUGCAGAACCAGAACCAGAGUCGGACUCUGCUCAUGGACACAGACAAAGAAUCAAAGUUCGGUUUAAAUUAAUAAAAAAUAGAGUUUUAAUAAAGUUCAGGAUCCUGCAGAGAAAAUCACCUCAGCUCGACUUCAGUCAAAGAACGAUUGAGUUUUAUUUGAGUGAAAGUUCAGAGACUUCUCCAUGUCCAGCCCUCAGACUGAGACGUUUUAAACUCAAACUUUCAGGAUUUUCAUCUCAAAUUACAGAAAAUAAAGUUAUUGAAUCUGAAUCAGACCUAACAAAACGACGAAUCUGACGCAAAUCUUCAAAAACAAAAAAACAGACUGACUUUUAUCUGAAAAUACUGAUUGAUCAGGUUUCUAAAGUAUUUCAUGAAGGUUCGAUCAAAGAAAAAUGAUUUAAAAACAACAAAUAAUCAGAUUUAUGUCACAUUAAAAUAGAUCGAAGUCAACAGAAGUCAACUCUUUAUUUGUCGAUCACACCUAAAAACCUUUGAUGGACGUCUAACAGAGAAUUUCUAUUAAACUUUUUAAUGUGUUUAUUUUAAGCACAUUUAUUCUGCUGUUUAACUUCCUCUGCUCUCUGUAAACUUAUCCAUGAACCGAUCGGAUGAAUGUACCGCCUCAUAUUUUCAUUUUCAGCCUCUGAGCAGAAAAAUCGUCUUUUAUAAAAGCAGCUGAAUGAUUCCUGCAGUGAAGAGAUCAUCUGUGUAAACGUCCGCGGCCUCCUGAAGGUGUUCCUCUGAACUUAAACAUUAGUGUCUGUUACUGAAGAUCAUUUUUAGAUUUAGCUGCACAAACUUCACAAAACUAAACAAUAUAAAACAAGAACUUCAAUAAUCCUUGAAGGAUAAAAAUAUAAAAUUAGAGUUUAACUUUGUAGUUUUGACGGUUUUCUUCCUUCAGCCUGUUGAUCCGUUUCAUGAACUGGUUUGUUUUCAAACUGGGACUCUGAUAUUUUCCUACAAACUCACUUUCUGCUGCAGACUGACCUGAAACUUUAAUUAAACUCUGAAUCACUGAGUUUUCUUUUUAAUUUAUACUUCAUCCAACAAGGACUAAUGUAGAGAAAACUAAGUAGAUGCUGCACACACUGGUUAAUCUGCAGUUUGUCCCUGAUUAGACCUGCAAACUGAAAACAGGAAUUACAGAUUAUAAGAUAAUAAGAGAGAUGUAGAUCAGCAGAAAUAGAGUCAGAAACUGUGAAAUAAUGACGCAGUGUGGACGAGGUUUGUAUGUGAUCUUGAAGUUUUACAGUUAGCCUUCUGUGAAUGUCCAUAAUUAUAUGAAUAUAUAUUAUAUUUGUAAGGCUGUAAUCGUUCUUUAGGCACAGGAGGUUAAGUCCUGGAACUGUCUUCAGUUUAAUUUAAUGACACAAAUAAAGAAAAUCCAGAUUUCAAACAUGAUUUUAAAGACUGAAAACUCGAUCAUGAACUCGUUAAAUCAGACAGACACAGAUCUGCUGGUUCAGUAAAGCUGCAUGAACAUAUGAAACGUCGUCUCUGCAAACAUCCUGCAGCUCUGCAGCAGCACAGAUAUUUAACCUGUACGUGUCACCUUUUUUUCAGAGUGGAUCAAAUCCUCACUGAUGAUCUUUUUAAUCACGUUUUAAUGAUCAGUUUGAAUGUAAAGCAAACAGACGUUCAGAAAAGGAGAUCACCUUAAACUUAGAAUCAUAUCAAAUGUUCUUUUUUGGAGUUUUUUGAUGCUUGAAUUUCCUUUUUUCUCACAAAAACUCAAAACUGACCUCCUGAAAAAGCUGCAGAAAUGAACGAGGAGUCAGAGUCGACUUUUCUCAGAGUCACACAUUUGAUGAACCUUUUGAAUUGAGUCAAAAACAUGAACAAGCAUCAAAAACCGACUUCCUCCUCCUCCUCCUCCUCCUCCUGUUUGUGAGUUUUUAAAAACAGACCCUGAUACCUGAUGCAGUUAACUCUGUUUGUUCACCCAAACCUCCAGCUCAGGCUGUUAGAGGACCAACAGGUCAAACAGCUUCUUUUUUCAGCUUUGUCAACAUCAGACAGUCUGCAUGUGCAGGUCAUGUGACCGAGGGAGGAAAUAAUGGGGAGAAAACUCACAACUGUGUGUCUGUGCAUGAACCUGGAGGAGGCUCUCAUUAGUCCGUCUGCAGGAUUCCUCAAAACAUCUGCAGCAUGUAGAUUUGCUCAUACAUGAGGAGGAGCAUCACGAGAGCGACAGGUGAGUCCUUUAAGGUAAAACAGAAGACUGUGAUCAUAUGUUUGAGUAAUGACAAACACAAAUACAGAUGACUCAUGUUUAUUAUUGACUGUCCCUGGAGUCAAACAGCAUCCAGAUAAUUAGCGUUGUUUCUCCUCACAUGAGCAGGAACAUGCCUCAGCGGCUUCAACGGUUUAUUUAAUGCAAAGAAAAGCCGAUCUGCUCGUUCAGGUGUAAAAACACAAACUCUGGGUCUCAUUAUUUUAUCUGAAUGAGGCUUUUUCUGUCUCUGCAUCAUCGUUACAGGUCAGCCUGCCUAAUGAGGACUGUCCCUCUCUCUCUGUUUGUUUCCAUAGGAAGAAGCUCUUGAAGUUAGCGGAGAUGUUUUCUACCUGCAGGCUGCAGGAGAGGAACACGCCGUCUGCAGGAAAAACACCACAGGAGAGAUUAGUUAUCCUGCUGAAACAGAGAGAGGCUGA